ACACAGAUUUGUUUGCGUGUCAAACUCGCAAGCAUACAAACUUUUGCAGCGCGCACAUACGCAGCAGCAGCAACAAUCAAAGAAUCUUUUUUCUAAUCAGCUUCUUACAAAAGUUUUGCUACGCGUUUUACUAAAGCAUCUGUUGAUACGUAUCUUUAGCGGCCGUAUCUCCCUUGUUACUGUGUUCGAAACCAAGUGUUCUGCUGUGCAAAGUGUACCCGUAAAUGCUCCGAAGAGUGUGAGGUGAAUGCAGAGAUCGAUGCAGAUUAGCUUCCCUACCGUACGUGUGUGUGAUGAUGUGUAGCAUUGUAGUGAAAACGUGCGCAACGCGGAAGAAAUAGUGAUUUAAAGUGAUAUCCGUAAAUAGUAAAACAUCUCGCCAGCACUAACGCUCGAUCGCUAUUUGGCGUUCAGAGUAGCUUCCCAUUGUUGCUUCCCGAGGCGCUCACACAUAUGGCGUACACUAGUACCUGUCAGCGUCGGUAAACUAGUCCAAUAUUUAUCCUCUAGCGCUAGUGCUUGCAGUCGGUAGUUGAGCUAACGCUGGUAACGAUGGCCGCGCUUCCGCCACGAAAAAACCCGACACCGACGAAAAUUUCCAAACAACACCUAACGCCGUUGCAAAUUUUGCUCCAGAUGGGCUUCCCGAAGCACAGAGCCGAAAAAGCUCUCGCCGCCACCGGAAAUCGGGGCGUGCAGCUAGCAUCGGACUGGUUGCUCGCCCACGUGAACGACCCAUUUCUGGACGAGUGUGCACCCCGCGAGUACAUACUGUACGCCUGCCCGACCGGUCCGUUCCUGCAGCAGCUGGAAAGCUUUUGGGCCCAAUCCCGGGAAACCUGUGGCUGGAACGGUGCCCACAACUUUACGCCCCACAUUACGCUGGUUUCGUUUUUCAAAGCGCCGGACGAAUGUGCACCGCAGCUGUCGAAAGCGCUGAAGGAGCUUAUGAACCUGCCCGGUGCCCGCAUCGAUCGGCCGAUCGGGUUGGAGCUGUACACGAGUCCAAACUUUAUGGGCUUCUUCGUGGCCGAGGACGAUGCGAACUAUCUGAAACGGUUGGCACUGCAAUACGUUAAAGAAGUGUCCCACUCAAUAAUUAGUGACACCUAUGAGCAGCUAGAUGCAUUGGUAACCUGUUUCCCAUGGUGCGGUGGCGUCACGUCCGCCCGAUGCAUACCGCGUAGCAGUCGAUCCAUAUCGCUAGAACCACACGUCAAGUCGUUGCAUCUAACACUGGCCUACCAAUUCCCACCCGGGCAAUUUAAUGCGCUGAAGGGGUUGGUGGAAAGUUUGGACGCAUCCUGUACCGACGCCAACUGGGAGCUGCGGCUGUACUCGCGCGAUCCACGGCUCGUCUCGAAGCAGGUGCACAAGGUACUCUACCCCCACACACCGCGCGAAACGGACGAGCUCGAGCUUCGGAUCGGCGAUUACAUCUAUCUCAAUCCGGACGCGAUACAGGCGUCGUCGGACGGGUGGGUCGAGGGUAUGUCGUGGCUAACCGGCACUACCGGCUAUCUGCCCGAAAACUAUACCGAACGGACGGCGGAAUCCGACGCGUGGACAAUGCACCGGACAGUGCCACUGUGCGACACAAGGGUGGCGGAUGAAGUGUCGGAUGUGGUGGACGGCAGUGUGCCGGAAGUGGCUUGCACGCCAAGCGAUUCGCCGGAAGGGACCGACGCAGCAGCCGCACCUGCGUUAGUAUCUGCCGUAGGUCAGAGCGAAUCGCAACCGGACUCGGCGCUGCUGGCACCGUUGGACAAAGCACCUGCUCCGUCAGCGGAACAGCAACCAACCGUGGACGAACAGACGAACGGCGGUGGCAAGAUGUUGGGCGGUGGCACGAGCAAACCGCUGGAUGACAUUCCGCUGGAAAAGCUGCACGAGCUGGUGAAAAAGCGUACCAACAUGCGGGUGAUCCCGGGCGACGAAGGUGCGGUCCAGUCGCAGACGGCCCCGAGCAUGGAAUCCGGCACACGGAAGGUGUACCUGAUGCGGCACGGUGAGCGCAUCGACUUUACGUUCGGCACCUGGGUACCGUACUGCUUCGACGAGGCUGGCAAUUACGUCCGGAAGGAUCUGAACAUGCCGAAAACGUUACCGACACGCAAACCGAGCCUCUGGCAACGGGACUCGCCGCUCACGAACGUUGGCCGCUAUCAGGCGCUGCUCGUCGGCGAAGGCAUGAAGGAUGCGGGCGUUCGCAUCGCGAAGGUUUACUGCUCACCAUCGUUUCGCUGCAUCCAGACGGCCACUUCAGUGCUGGAAGGGUUGGGAUUAAAGGCGACCCUGCCGAUCUGCAUCGAGCCCGGGCUGUUCGAGUGGCUUGCCUGGUACCAGGACGGCAUUCCUGAGUGGCUGUCGAACGACGAAUUGAUUGCGGCUGACUACAACAUCGCCACCGACUACCAGCCGAUAACGACGGUCGCCGAGCUGAAGGACCAUUUCCACGAAAAGCUGGGCGAAUUUUACUGUCGCAAUUCGGCGAUUGCGGAAUCCAUCAUCAAGAGCACGGAGGGAAACGUGCUGAUCGUAGGACACGCGACAACGCUCGACACGUGCUCCCGGUUCAUCACGGGGGAAAAGAUACGGUCCACCAACGAUAUGGGCAGAAUCAUGCAGAAGGUUUCGUACUGCAGUUUGGCGGUGAUGGAGUCGGUCCCUGCUGCCGGUGGCAGCGAUGAGGCUGAUGCGGAAAGCUCGGUAAAGGGCAACUGGAAGCUUACCGUUCCACCGUGCGAUCCCAUGACGCACACCAACAACAAUCGCUUUGACCACAAAAUUCUGUUGGAUUAGUCGCGUAACUAACAACCACCGUUCGGGUUUCAGUGGUUCGGUGGACUCGUUUCUCGAGAGAGAAUUGCUAGAGAACGAAUAGAAGCUGAUGGCGAGGAAUGUUAACUAUACUCUAUAUAUAUUCGUUUUGCCUGUUAUUUAAAUACAUAUGAUAGAGCCUUACCAUUUGCACCAGAUUGCAGUCGCAGCUAAAGCGGCCUGAAAGCUUUUACUUUGAUGUUUUAAGAGUAGUAGAAACAAAGGAAACCAAUACCGCUAUUAACCCGAUCACCAACCAUCGCGCUUGCUUUCGUGUGCUCGUACUCGAGUCCUUGCUGCAUGCUUUCGAAAUGACAAUAAUAUGGUAAAGAAAAACGGAGUAUGAUCUCAUUUGCUCACUGUGUACAAUCCCUACCUGUAUAACUUGAUCAUUAUUUCCCUACUGAAAUGCCGGGUAGUGUGCGUUUGCUCAAUAAUUUGCAAAACUGUGUGAAGAAGUACGCAUUAGUAAGCGAUUAAAUUCAAAUUACUGGAAGUUGAAGUCAACGGAUUAAAUUUCGCUUGAAUUCUACGUGCAGGAAGCUUUCCACAAAAAUAUUGCCACUCGCAUUCGGAUAAAGCCCCUGCGUUCUGCGACCUAUAGGCGAAAUCGAUACCCCAAUUCGGAUGCCUCGACUUUCACUGGAAGUCGACAAGAUGUACACAUCACCUUUUCCAACUUUUUCAACUUCCAAGAGAACAAAUCUUCCACUGUAAUUUCUCGACGAGUUAACUGGAGUCACUAGGACACAGGACCGCCAGAAGAAGAACUGCUCCUGAAACCAGUCUACCGUUUAACGAAUAAGUUAUUUAGCUACAUGUGUUGUGUGCGCUUCAUGUCACAGGAUUAGGGCCCUGCUGCUCCCCGUAAAAGUGUAACUUAUGCUCAACCAUAAACGAAAGCAACUAACCAUUUAUUGUGCCCAAUGCCAAAAGAAAAACGCUGUCGACCGAAACACCAUGCAUACCCCUGAAACGCUCGUUGUAAUAAACCAUUUUGUCGUAUCCGUCUAUCCGUUCAAA